AUGAAUUAUUUUAUAGAAAAAUGGAUUAGAGUAUACUUGAAAUGCUUUAUCAAUUUGAUAUUGUGUCAUAGAAAUGUAUAUCCGAAAUCAUCAUUCACUUACACUACAUAUCAAGGGUUUAACCUUCCUCAGUAUCUGCCAAUUACUAGACAUCAUGGAUUAAAUUCUUACAUAGAGGAAUUCAUUUCGGAUUUGCUAGGAAAGCUGGAUCACGUUUAUCAUUUAAGUUUAUUUGUAAUUUCAAAGCAUAAUGGUUGGGCCAUAGAACGCUAUGUUUUGGAUUUUGGCCAGUUUCAGCACGGCCAACCAGUUGAUAAAGAUAUUGUGCUUAAGGAGGGAGAAGUUUAUGACGAGUUUCGAUCUAGUUUGAACAGUUUAAUAACAUACUUAGAGAAACAAACACCAAUACGUGAUGAUACUGUAACAUUUGAGUUUGUAAUUGAUACGAUAGAAAUGGCAUUGGGUAGAAAAUUUGGUAUUGAUAUGGAUCCGAAAACGUCAAAGUCUCAGGUAGUUGAUUUUGAGAGGGAUACUAACUGGAUAAGGUAUCAUGAGGAUCAGAAUGUUCCAGACGGCAAGGAACAUAGUGGCGCCUAUAAACCAAAAUUAAAGGUAACUGCCUUGAUUGGGUGCGACUGGGGCCCUAUAUGUAUCCAACAAUAUAACGAAAGACUGAUAGUUCCAAAUAAGGGCUUGAGUCAAGUAUAUUAUGAUGACGACCAAACAAACAAUUUUGAACUCACCUUAGGCUCUUUACAGUAG